AUGCACAUCCUGCGAGAGUUGGCUCAGAACAGGCCAAUCAUACCUCUGGAGUAUUUUCUUGAGAAAGUAGCCUGGCCUGAAGCUCAACUUCCAUUGGUGAGACCCAAUGAGGCUGCUCCUCCUGAGCCCGCACCAACACGGGUUGAACCAAUGCCAAUUGAGCCACGAACUCCAAUGGUGAAUCCACCUCCUUCUCCUGAGCUUGAAGUAGUUCCCCCAUCUCCACCUCUAAUUCUCAUCUUCGAUGCAUCAUUAGAUGAAGCUGCUGCCCCUCCUGAUUCACCAGCUGGAGAAACAGCUGACCCCCCUGCUUCCCUAGUUGGAGGAAUUGCUGAUCUUUCUGGUUCGUCAUCUGGAGAAGUUGUUGCUCUCACUGAUUCCCCAAUUUAG